CUAGGUUCUUACCUUGUUUUCCUUGCAGGUCUUGGCCCCAUUGUCUCCCAGAUACCCGAGCAAGCUGAGAGACUACCAGAACUGCUUAAUUUCCCCAUCGAGGAACGCACCUUCACAGCUCCUACUGAGGUUCUACCCCUAGACUCUAAAGCUUCUUCUCGCACCAACUCGAUGUCAACAGCUCCAGCAAGAUCUAGUAAUUUGUCCGACGAGGAUGCUAUGGACAGGCUAAAGAAUAGGAAGAGAUCAGCUGCCUCUUCUGGGCAAUCUCAGGUUGAGAGGGUUCCUCGCAAGCACCUAUGCUCAUCUACCAUCCCAACUACUAUCGAUAUCACGACUGACUCUCCUAGAGAUGAAGUCCUUGUGAGCUUCCCUGCAGACUUCCUAGCUGAGGAAGGUCUAGAAGGCGGGAUCUGGCCUGCAGCUGACAAGCUCGUGUUUCCAGCUGCACAAAAGAGGUUAAAAGGACAAGACCCUGAGGUUGUCUUGAACCAUGCUGUUCAGCUAUCCCUACAGCUUUCCCAGAGCUGCAUAGCUGUCAGGGACAGCUUACGGACUGUCGUCACUCUUCAAGAUAAGGUGGCUCGCUGCAAAAGGACAACUUGAGCCACCAAGCUAAGCUGGAGAGGGAGAAACAGUCCCGGUUGGAUGCUGAGAGCAGGUUAGCUGCUGAGCAAAAAUAAUUGAAAAAGAGAGGCUGGAGAAAGAUGAGAAGAUAGCUGAAGCGGAAAAAGAAAAUGCACGCCUAGCUGCAGCUGUCAGAGAUGCUGAGGAGAGGGCUUUAGACAUUCAAGCUGAAGCUAAAAUUAUUGAAACUGCGAAGCUAGCAUACCUGA